AUGUCUUCCGCCCAGCAGCGUCUUUCUCAAGUGUCCUCCCACUUCGGCUCUGGCAGCCAGAAGGGAGCCGCGGCCCUGACCCAGAAGAACCCUGACGAUAUCGUUGUGACUUGCGCUCUGCGCACUGCUCUGACCAAGGGUGGUAAGGGUGGCUUCAAGGACACUGCCGCUGCUGAUCUGCUUGCUGGUGUCUUCAAGGCCGUCAUCAACAAGAGCGGUAUCGACCCCAAGUAUGUCGAGGAUGUCGCCGUUGGCUCAGUCCUGCCUCCCGGAGGCGGUGCUACUGAGUUCCGUGCCGCUGCCCUUGUUGCUGGCUUCCCAGAGACCACUGCCGUCAAGUCCCUGAACCGUCAGUGCUCGUCUGGUCUGCAGGCCAUUGUUGACAUUGCCAACGCCAUCAAGUCCGGCAUGAUCGAGGUCGGUAUUGGUGCUGGUGUUGAGAGCAUGUCCUCUCAGUAUGGUCCCGGUGCCGUCACUGAGUUCUCCGAGCUGCUCGAGAGCCACCCCGAGUCCGCCAACUGCAAGGUCCCCAUGGGUGUCCUGUCCGAGAACAUGGCCAAGGACCGUGGUAUCUCCCGCACAGCCCAGGACGCCUUCGCUGCCUCCUCCUACCAGAAGGCCGUCAAGGCUCAAGAGGGGGGUCUUUUCAACGAGGAGAUCGCCCCUCUGGAGGUUAAGUGGACCGAUCCCAAGACUGGCGAGGAGAAGACCAUCACUGUCAAGGCUGAUGACGGCAUCCGUGAGGGCAUGACCGCCGAGUCCCUCGGCAAGAUCCGUCCUGCCUUCGCCAAGGACGGUUCCAUCCACGCCGGUAACGCUUCUCAGAUCUCCGAUGGCGCUGCUGCCGUCCUGCUCAUGAAGCGCUCUACUGCCGAGCGUCUGGGCCAGAAGAUCAUCGGCAAGUACGUGACCGCCAGUGUCGUCGGUGUCAAGCCUCUGCUUAUGGGCAUUGGUCCCUGGGCUGCCAUUCCUGUUGCUCUUGAGAAGGCCGGCAUCGCCAAGGACGAGGUUGACAUCUACGAGAUCAACGAGGCCUUCGCCUCCCAGUGCAUCAACCCCAAAGGUGGUGCCAUUGCGUUUGGUCACCCUCUGGGCUGUACCGGCUCUCGUCAAGUCAGCACCCUUCUGACUGAGCUCAAGCGCACCGACAAGAAGAUCGGUGUCACCAGCAUGUGCGUCGGUACCGGUAUGGGUAUGGCUGCCGUGUGGGUUGCUGAGUAG